AUGUGGGGUCAACGAAAAGAUGUUGCGCUCUCCGUUGCAAUCACUUCUUUCCUAAUGCUCAUAACCUUCGCUCUGCUCAACCCGUUGACUCGGCCUGCUCCCGAAAUCAUCGAGGCUGGGUGUCCUGAAAUUGCAAAUACUACAACGACAACCACGACAACGACGACGACGGAAGCGCCGGUAGUCGAGCGUUUUGGGCCCACAAAUGUCAAGGAGAUUUUGCCGGCGUUCCGCAACUUUCAAAGCCAAAUAAGGGUGAGGGUGGCGGCUAAAUGGUCCAUUUUUGUCGAUGCUUGUAUCUGUCCGUCUGUCGGGAAAAUAAUGAGCGCUCUAUCGCACCUAUAAAUUGCAUGAAAAAAUGACUUGUGUAGAAUUGCUUUUCACUUCAGCGACGCGAUCGGCAUAGCGACAUUGUGCUCAAUAUUUUCCCGACAGACUGAUAUUUUCACUGGAAAAAAGUCUACGCACUUUAUGGAACGAUUAGUAGCAUUUUCAUAAAGUGCAUGGACAUUUGUCGCGCCACGCACCGUGCACAAAAACUCCCUAUUUUUGCACUGUGCAUUUCGUUUUUUUUUCUUCUUUGCACUGUGCGCGGAAAUCGCAGCGACAUAAGAAAGUUUUAGCCAUGUCGCUGCGUCGGCACAAGGAUUUUGCAACACUUUUUUUUGGAUUUGCAGGUGCAAAAACACCAAAAUGCACUGUGCAUUGACGACAGCGAGAAAAAAGUUCAAAAUGCACUGUGCGAAAACGAAAAAAUGCCCAUGCAUUUUAUGAAAAUGCUAAUAUCCUGUUCUCGCCUAAUUUUUGUUCGUAUUUCAGUUUGCCGACCGCUAUGGCCUCGCGACCUGCGUCAUCCCGAAAACCAUGUCCACGGUGAUGGCCAAUGUGAUGUGCUAUCUGUACGAUCCGCAGGGCUUCGGAAAGAACAACCGAUCUGUAAUUCAUGAUGGCUUUUGGACAAGGUAAGCACAUUACGGCAAGCUAUACUUUCAUAAAGUGCGUAGAUUUUUCCUUUUUAUCGCAAAUGCACAGUGCAUUUUCAAACUCCAAUUUUCUCGCGCGAUAAAAGCGUUAAAACACGAUUUCUGACUCACUGAAUCAGCCGUGUGCAAGGCCGGGACAUAGAAAAAAAUCGAUUUUGAGUUUUUUGUUUUAAAAUGACUGCAGGCAUCCAGUAAACAUAUGUCUGAAAUAUUUUUGUCUAAUUCUCGCAUUAACCUACUGUAAUUUACAAUUUACUGUUUUUACAGUAAUCGACUAUAACAACAAAACCACAAGUCAGAACUGGCUGAAAUUGACAAUACUUAUGUUUUAGGCUACGCCCGUCAUAAAAAACACUGAAUUUGGACCGUCGGGUUACUGUAACAUACCGCAAUGUGGGUUCGGCCGAACAAAAUCGGCCAUAAAAAAGUUAUUUCCCAAAUGCCGCAGCUGAUUUUUACAUAUGUUAAUCAGCGUAAAAUUCUGCCCUAUAAACAUUAAAAAAAAGUGUAAAAAGUCAUCACCCCUUUUUCGUGGUGUAGUGGAUUUUGGUCAAAUUUAGUAAUCCGAAGGUCGCGGGUUCGAUCCCCGUGGAAGGAAAAUGCGUAAAACUGCACAAAACCUCAAAAAAUCGGUUGAGGUGGAUUGAUUAUGUAUAUCAGAAGUGUGAAAAAUUGUAUCAAAGUUGAUUUCCGAACUUGAAAGCAUUUUUUUGAUGAUGAAACUUGGAUUUUGGUUUCCGUGGAUUAUGGUAUAAAUUUAGUCUAGGAAAUGGCUAGAGUUGUUUAUAAUUAGGUUUUUUAGCCUUCUGAAUUCAAUGGAGCAGGGUUUUUGGCCAUAGGAUUACUGUAACAUAGACAAAACGGAUUUCGGCUGCUUAAAAUCGGCCGUAAAACGGUUGUUUCUAAACAUACACAGCUAAUUCUUCAAUUUUUGGAAUCAGCGUGAAAUUUCACACAAUUUGCGCCUAAACAAUGGCUUAUUGGUUGAAUACUUUGUUUUCAGUGGUGACUUACUUUAAAACUUGGAAAUUGUAAAUAAAACUAUGUUAGCGAAAGAAUUAGCCGAAAAUAUUUUGAGGCUAAGUUUCAUCAACGUAUGCAAACAUUUUUAUACCAAAAUCUCAGAAUUUUUUUUUUUCGAUUUCCACGGAUGACUUUUUUUACUGAAAAAUUUCUAAUCUGCUCGAAAAAAAAUCUUUGGAAUUUGUGCGGCCAGUUAGGAUAUUAUAGUUAAUGAUUCUAGAGCAGAAUUUCACGCUGAUUCCAAAAAUUGAAGAAUUAGCUGCGUAUGUUUAGAAACAACCGUUUUACGGCCGAUUUUAAGCGGCCGAAAUCCGUUUUGUCUAUGUUACAGUAAUCCUAUGGCCAAAAACUCUACUCCAUUGAAUUCAGAAGGCUAAAAAACCUAAUUAUAAACAACUCUAGCCAUUUCCUAGACUAAAUUUAUACCAUAAUCCACGGAAACCAAAAUCCAAGUUUCAUCAUCAAAAAAAUGCUUUCAAGUUUGGAAAUCAACUUUGAUACAAUUUUUCAUACUUCUGAUAUACAUAAUCAAUCCACCUCAACCGAUUUUUUGAGGUUUUGUGCAGUUUUACGCAUUUUCCUUCCACGGGGAUCGAACCCGCGACCUUCGGAUUACUAAAUUUGACCAAAAUCCACUACACCACGAAAAAGGGGUGAUGACUUUUUACACUUUUUUUUAAUGUUUCUAGGGCAGAAUUUUACGCUGAUUAACAUUUGUAAAAAUCAGCUGCGGCAUUUGGGAAAUAACUUUUUUAUGGCCGAUUUUGUUCGGCCGAACCCACAUUGCGGUAUGUUACAGUAACCCGACGGUCCAAAUUCAGUGUUUUUUAUGGCGGGCGUAGCCUAAAACAUCAGUAUUCUCAAUUUCAGCCAUUUCUAGUGAGUAAUAUUGCUGUAAUUGUCGAUUACUGUAAAAACAUUAAAUUGUAAAUUACAGUAGGUUAAUGAGAGAAUUUGGCAAAAAUCUUUCAGGAAUAGGUUUACUGGAUGCCUGCGGUCAUUUUAAAAUCUAAAACUCAAAAUCGAUUUUUUUCUAUGUCCACGGCUCAUUCAGUGACUCAGAAAUCGUGUUUUAAAUGUGUCGCAACUCUAUGGCGCUAGUACCAGUCUGUCGGGAAAAUAAUGAGCACUUUGUCGCAUCGAAAAUCGCAUCGCCGUCGAGAAAAUUAAUUUUGUCGCGACAAAAUCAAAUUGCGUCUCACUUCAGCGACACAGCAACACUGUGCUCAUUAUUUUCCCGACAAAUAUUAGUCAUCGUUUUUUGGGCUUCCACUCCUCUUUUCCGUAAUUUCUUGCUCAAACCCCUUACGAAUUGGCCCAUUCUCUUGGCCAUUGCACACCGAAAAUCCCCCCGUCUCUUCGAGCCGUUUUUUCCUCCCUUUGUUGAGGCCGCAUUUCGCGGGCCACACGCGUUUUUUGCAUGAGAAACGGUCCCCCAAUGGGAACGUUCCGUGCCGUGCCCGCUGACCACCCGAGGCGCGUCGAGCGACGAGAGGCCACUCCCCUCAAACGAACCGGUAAAGACGGGGCCGAACGCCCGCCGGAGAGCGGCCUAAUCCGCGAGAGUGCCGACCAUUUCGCGGACCACCCGGCAGGGGCACAGCUCUGCCCCUCUUCGCCGGUGGGCAUGAGCACGAACCCCAAACGGCCAACAGGGCCCGAUCCCCGGCGGGUCCACGCCAGUUUCGUGGCUCUAAACUCCCGCGGAUUGAUGGUAUCGUGGGGCGUGUGGACGGCCCACUCCCCCCAUCGGAUUCGCCUAGUACUGGGCCGUAUAGCGAAGCCGGAACGUCCGCCUCAAAUGUUGCAAAAUGCACUGCGGGCGGCCCCACAAUUCGGCGCCCUCCGGCUUGGCGACAGGAGGCGGGCGCAAAUGCCUCGAGGCAAUGUUAUGAAAGGGAGUGGGGGAAGGGAGUGGGGAGCGGAAAAGCGAGGCCGCACGCAGAGUUCAUGGUCGACACAACUGUGACGAAGACCUCCGGGCCUCCCGCAUGAGCCACCCAUGUUGUUUUUUGCAACGGAGGUCCGCGAAAUUCGGGGCAAGACGAAAAAGCAAGGGAAUUAUGGGUACUUGUGGGAAAUAGGACAUGAUGACAAAGGUCCAAAGAGCAUGGAGCUUCAUUCCUUGGUCGCAAAAUUCCCCGCAUUGCUCUAAUAUGGCCAUACAAACAAAAGAUCUCCCCAAACUGGGGGGUCUAUAUAAAAAAUCGGUCAUAAUGACACAUUUCGCAAGCCCAUCGCUGGUUUCGUUGGAGCACCGUUUCAGGGGGUCGGCUGACCCGCCCCAGACCGCUACAGUGUCAUCGUAUCAUUUAGUGUGUAGUGUCCACGGCUCCGACCUCGGCGUUGCCAACAACCGCGGGUGGUCCGAAAAUUCGCCACUCCCGGCCCAAAAUACCACCGCUCCCGAAGAGACCGCAGGGAACGCAAGCAACGGGGAUCCAAAACAAGAUCCAUUCGUCGUUACGAGUACUGCCUCGGGCCACCCGUUGGCGGCGCUUUUCCCGAGACCACCGCAGCGGCGGGCCCACGUCAAAAGUGCAUCCUCGAGCCGUUUUUUGCAGCAAAUACGCAACAGAAGAGCGUGCGGGUGGUCCGCGAAUUCCCGGCGCGGUGCUGGCUAUGUUCUGUAGCCACUCACUCCGCGGGACGAGGUCUCUUCCUCGCCCCCCGGCGAAACAGUUUCCUCUCGCUCGAGGCGCUUUGCCUAGUGGUUUGAAUAAAAAACACUCUUGCGUUGAAGAGGGGGGAAAUAGCGGGUAGAUUCGAGGGGGCAGAUGGGAAUUUAUAACGGGGAGGGGGGUCUGUAAAGCAAAGGAAAUUCUCAAAAAAGUCUUGGAAUGCUCGAAAAAUUUGAAAAUGAACUUUUUAUCAGUCUGUCGGGAAAAUAAUGAGCACAAUGUCUCUGUGCCAAUCGCGUGGCUAAAGUGAAAAGAAACUUGUUUUUUCCCACAACACAAUUCAUUUUCUCAGCGGCGACGCGAUUUUCGAAGCGACAGAGUGCUUAUUGUUUUCCCGACAGACUGAUAUUAAUUUGCAAGGACUUUUUGGGAGACAAUUAAUAAAAAAUGACGUAAUUUUCACUGGUCGCGCCAAGUCCGUAAAAUUUUUUCCGCUAUCAAAAUUCCCUCUUCUUUGCAGAUUCUGUGAAGGUCUGAACGAAGGCAACAACAUUUCCCGUAUCUACAGUGUGCACACGAGCAUUGAUUGGCAAUGGUUUGUGGUUGUCCGGGAUCCCUUGGAUCGCUUCGUUUCCAAUUACGUCGACAAAUGCAUGCUGUGAGUAGAAGCUGGUUUUAGAUCAAAUUUAUUGUCUUUAGAGAACGCCGAAAGACGGGUGCGUUGUGCUAUGGUUGUGAUGAUGAGAGAGAUGUUGAAUGUGUUCUGAAAAACAUCGAGGAGCGAGGGUUCCGAUGGGCAGAGAAGGGAGAUGUUUUCCCCGACUUCUUUGAUGCUCAUCUGUUCCCGCAGAACUGGUAGGAAGCUACACAUAAGAAUGAAGAAAUAAGAACAAUUUUGAGAUUUUGAAAAAGACGCUAAUUUUGCUUUCUCCAGCUAUUUUUUCAUGUCGGCCUCAUUUCUUCCAUUCUAUUUUUUCAAAAAAAAGUGAGGAAAGCGUUUUGCUUCGGAACGACCCGUGCGAUCUUAUUUCUUCACUCUUGUAUUCAGUGGGGGGCCUGAUCUAGUGGCAAAACGCUUUCAUUUUGUAUCCGGGAAGCAUCAAGGAUGUGGCAAAAUACUUCCCUCUAAAAGUGAAAAAAAACUUCAUUUUGAAGGAAGCGUCGUUUUUCCUCACAAAAAGAGCUUACGCGAUUUUGAAAUCUGAGUUUUUUUCACUUGGAGAGGGAGGCAUUUUGCUACAUUUUUUAUACUUCUUGGAUGCAAAAUGGUACGUUUUUUGCCACUAGAUCAGGUCCCCCACUGUAGUAUAUUUAUUGCUAGUGAAACAAACCGAUUUUUUCAACUCAAUAUUUGAGCAAUCCGACACCUUAACAGCUUGAUACCCGCUUCCAUUUUUAGGCAAUGUGACUUCGGUUCAUUCAUCAACAAAUACGAAAUCAUCCACUUCUCCCCACCCAAAUCGCCCGGCUAUGCGGCGAUGUUGACGCAGAUAAUGGACAUCUUCCGCCGAAAAUCUGUACCCCCGGCGACGCUGAAUUUAAUAACAGAGGCGCUCAACGGCACCACCACCAAGCAUUCGACGAACGACAAGCCGGAAAGAGCGGAGAUCAAGGAAAUGAUUGGGCGGAACACGCGGUUGAUGCGCCGGAUUGUUAACCUGUACUACUUUGACUACAGGUUAUUUGGGUACCCUAUGCCGGAAGGGCUGUGA